GACCGAACAACUGCGGCCGUUUAAUCGAACGUGCCGAGCCAAAAAGCGAACAUUUGAACAUUUUGUCGACAUAUUUGACGGUGUCACGGAGAAGCGGGUGUUGCUGGACAACAUCAAGAUGGGGAAGCUGGACCCGGAGGAAGUGACGAUGAGGAGGAUGAAGGAGGACGACAUCGAGACGGUGAAAGCUCUCGUCAAGGAAGGCUGCGAAGGCUCCGAGAACCGCCUCAUCCUUCACGUCCUCACCCGGCCGCUCUGCCUCUUCCUCCUGGCCGUGGUCUCCUCCGCCCUGCGCUGCCUGCUCCACUCCUUCAUCCUGGCCCUCAGCACGCCCGUGCUGCUGCUCACCAUCUACCUGAAGAUCACCCUGCCGCGCUCCACGGGGGUCCUGGGCAGCAGCCGCCCCUCCUGGGACUACGUGGGCAGCAGCUUCCGGGGCACACGCGAGGAGUCGCUGCUCCGUCCUACUGGCGGGGCGAGGCGCAGGGCCGCGCCCGCAGACCGGGACGCGUCGGCGGAUAGCGUGAGCCCGGAGAGGCGACGGGCGGCCGGCGAGGUGUGGGUGGCGGAGGCGGACGGCGAGAUCCUGGGCUGCCUCUUCAGGGAGAGCGAGAAGCGCCCGGGCGUCAGGAGGUUCUGCCGGCUGGUGACGGGGAGCUGGCACCGGCGGGAGGGUCUGGCUCGCCUCCUGGUCCACAGUCUGGAGCGCAAGGAGAAGGAGGAGGGGGCGCGGCGGGUGUACGCGCACGUUCCUUACCUGUCCCAGGUGGGCCAAGUGGUCUUCAAGAAGCUGGGGUAUCAGCCGCUCGGUGAGGGCGAGGCGGAGGAAGAACAGCCGGAGGCUCCAGAAAGAGGAUUUCUUCGAUACCCCGUCACUAAAGUCUUCUACAAAGACUUGUGAUGCAGGACUCGUUUAUUGGGAGAGUGGCCGUGCCAGCAACCUGAGGGUUCCUGGUUCGAUCCCCACCUUCUACCAACCUAGUCACGUCCCUUGUGUCCUUGAGCAACUUGCUCCUGAUGGGUGGUGGUUAGGGCCUUGCAUGGCAGCUCCCGCCAUCAGUGUGUGAAUGGGUGAAUGAGUGUGUGAAUGGGUGAAUGUGUGUGUGAAUGGGUGAAUGUGUGUGUGAAUGGGUGAAUGAGUGUGUGAAUGUGUGUGUGUGUGAAUGGGUGAAUGUGUGUGUGAAUGGGUGAAUGAGUGUGUGAAUGUGUGUGUGUGUGUGUGAAUGGGUGAAUGAGUGUGUGAAUGGGUGAAUGUGUGUGUGAAUGGGUGAAUGUGUGUGUGAAUGGGUGAAUGUGUGUGUGAAUGGGUGAAUGAGUGUGUGAAUGGGUGAAUGGGUGAAUGAGUGUGUGAAUGGGUGAAUGUGUGUGUGAACGGGUGAAUGAGUGUGUGAAUGGGUGAAUGUGGAAAUAGUGUCAAAGCGCUUUGAGUACCUUGAAGGUAGAAAAGUAUAACCCAUUUACCAUUGAUCAUCAUUUCAUAACGCUGGCGAUCUGUGGGCACCGAACCAUUCGAUGUGAUCCGAUUCAGAAUCGAUUCUCGAUUCAAACCGAUUACAGCAAUCUAUUAUUUGAUGUAACUAGACUCCAGCAAAUGGAUGGAUGGAUGGAUUAUGACACUUUUUCAUAAGAGGUUAAAAAGCUCCUUCUGCUUGCAUGGAGAUCUAAAAUGUCUUUUAAUAAUGUAUUCUUACAUUAAAAAAAAAAAAAAUAUUAAAAAAAAUAUAUAUAUAUAUUUAUUCACUUUAUUUCGAUAAAAAAAAAAAAUUAUGAGCUGAUUAAAUUGAAUAUGAAACGCGAUUUGGGUGUGAAUCUUUUUUUUGUUUGGCAGCCCUAAUAUUGAUCACCCAGCAGAGUAUUUAUGUUUACAUAUUUAUUCAUGGUUGUCUGUAAAUAUAUUUGAUUCUUCAUUUUCCCAGGGAGUUCCAAAUUAACAUUUUUCUAAGUGACACCAAACUUUAAAAAAAAUCCUAAUCUGAUUCACAAUAAUUGUUGUUGUUUUUACUUUCAUGCAACAUUUUCACAAAAUUUUUGUCAUAUUUAAUAUAUUAAUAUUUCGUAAUAUUUUAUUUUUAUUUGAGUUAUUUUAUACA